CGCACGUCGGCGUCCAGCGCGGCCAGCGGCUCGCGCGCACGAGGCCCGCUGUGCGCGAGGGGCGCGGCGCGCGCAGCGUCCAUGCUGUCCGCGGCCUGGCUCCGCCAGGCGCCCGCCGCUGCAGGCAAAGAGGACCGCCCGGCCAGACAGGCCCCGCCGUGGAGGCUCACCGCCGCUCUCGCCUCGGCCCUCCUCGCGGCGCUGCUGGGCGGCGGCGGCGCGCCGGAGCCCGCCGGGCCCGCCGCCGGCGGGCCCCGCGGCGACGCGCCGGACGCAGGCGCGCUGAGCGACCACGCGUUCCUGCGCGAGCGCGUCAUGGAGGACCACGGCUGGCCUGGCCCGCGUGCGGACGGCGCCAUCGCGGAGUAUUUGCGGUUCUUGCAGUUGUUGGCCUCCGCGCCGCGGAUGGAGCUGGUCGCUUCGGACGACAGGAUUUGGUGUGGCACGAGCACCUGCUGGACACGCAGAACUACGCGGCCGACACCCAGCGCCUCUUCGGCCGCUUCCUGCACCAUCGCCGGGCGCGUUCCGCUCAGGAGAUCUCGGGGCACCCCACAGGAGGUGAGCGACAUACCCGCGGGCUACGCGCGCACGAAGGAGGCGUACCGGGCGCGCUUCGGCCGAGAGCCGCCGGCCCUGCACUGGGGCGCCACCACGGCGGCCGCGUCCAUGUGCGGCGGCGGCGGCGGCCGUGCAGGACCCCUCGGAGACGGGGCCCGUGGCGGGGCCGGGCGGCUCCGACGGCGACGGCGGCUCCUCGAACGGCACCGCACAGGACGCCAACGUCGCCCGCGCGCACGCGGGGCCCGCCAGCCGAACGGUGCUGCUCGUUGCAGCGGCGACGGCCGCCUGGCGGUGGUAGGUGUCGCUUCACCCGCCAGCGCGCUGGCGCUGCACGCGAAGGGUUUUCUCGCCUCGGGAUGCGUUUGAGCAGUUCCACCUCGUCGGGGGCGUUCCAGGGGCUGCCCGGCUCGCCCCGAGCGGCCGCUGCAGCGUCUCGGUCAGAAUCAAUGGUACCCCGCCGCUUGGAACCCGUCAGCGGUGACUAGCGCCGAUUAGCGCCCAUCGGCGUCUCGAGGUGCGCCGACUUCGAGUGUCGGCCUCGCGGCGUGGGCCCCCUUGGGGGUCUGGCCCUUUGGGCCAGGCCUUUACACUGGGCCGCUUUCGGACGGUCCUGGAGCCUGGCGAAGGGCCCCACCAGCUGAAGUGCGGGUCGGGAAAAUGACCACAGCCACUGCUUCUUGUUUGCGCCGCCUCCCAGCCGGCCGAACAGGCAGCAGCGGUUGUGGUCCUUUCCCCGGUGCCGAGCUCAGCGAAAAUGACCGCUGCCACCGCCUUGUUCCUGCGGGC